UUGUUGGAGGAAGUGUGUCACUGUGGGGGUGGGUUUUCAGACUCUCCUCCUAAUUGCCUAAAAACAGUCUGCUUCUGGCUUCCUUUUGGUGAAAAUGUAGAGCUCAGCUUCUCCAGCACCAUGCCUGCCUGGAUGCUGUCAUGCUUCUGCCUUGAUGAUAGAUUGGACCUCUGAACCUCAGAAGCUGAUGGAGACUCAAGCUCUGGAACCAGGGACUCAGGAAGCCUUUGGUGCCACCAGCCCUAACAAGAGGGCCCUGUCUAAGACCAAAAAGAACUUCAAAGACUUGAUGUCUAAGGUGACGGAGGGACAGUUUGUGCUAUGCCGGUGGACAGACGGACUAUACUACCUCGGCAAGAUCAAGCGGGUCAGCAGUCCUAAGCAAAGCUGCCUUGUAACUUUUGAAGAUAAUUCCAAAUACUGGGUCCUAUGGAAGGACAUCCAGCAUGCUGGUGUUCCAGGAGAGGAGCCUAAGUGUGACAUCUGCAUGGGGAAGACUUCAGGGCCAAUGAAUGAGAUCCUCAUCUGUGGGAAGUGUGGCCUGGGUUACCACCAACAGUGCCACAUCCCCAUCGCAGUAGAUGCCAACUGGCCCCUCCUCACUCAUUGGUUCUGCCGACGCUGCAUUUUCGCACUGGCUGUGAGGAAAGGCGGCGCGCUGAAGAAAGGCGCCAUCGCCAAGACGCUGCAGGCAGUGAAAAUGGUGCUGUCCUACCAGCCGGAGGAGCUCGACUGGGAUUCGCCCCAUCGCACCAACCAGCAGCAAUGCUACUGCUACUGCGGCGGGCCUGGAGAGUGGUACCUACGGAUGCUGCAAUGCUACCGGUGUAAGCAGUGGUUCCAUGAAGCUUGCACACAGUGCCUCAGUGAGCCUAUGGUGUUUGGAGAUCGCUUCUACCUGUUCUUCUGCUCCGUGUGUAACCAAGGCCCAGAGUAUAUCGAGAGGCUGCCCCUGCGAUGGGUGGACAUAGUUCACCUGGCCCUCUAUAACCUGGGAGUACAGAGCAAGAAGAGGUACUUUGACUUUGAGGAGAUCCUGGCCUUUGUCAACCACCACUGGGAGCUCCUGCAGCUUGGCAAGCUCACCAGCACCCCUGUGACAGAACGAGGGCCGCAUCUCCUCAAUGCUCUCAACAGUUACAAAAGCCGGUUCCUGUGUGGCAAGGAGAUUAAGAAGAAGAAAUGCAUCUUCCGACUGCGCAUCCGUGUCCCACCCGCCCCUCCAGGAAAACUGCUUCCCGACAGGGCACUGAUGCCAAGUGACAAAGGGACCUCUGAGCUGCUUCGUAAGAAAGGAAAGAGCAAGCCUGGUUUGUUGCCUCAGGAAUCCCAGCAGCAGAAAAGGCGAGUUUAUAGAAGAAAAAGAUCAAAGUUUUUGCUGGAAGAUGCUAUUCCCAGUAGUGACUUCACCUCAGCCUGGAGCACAGACCACCACCUGGCCAGUAUAUUCGAUUUCACACUGGAUGAAAUUCAGAGUUUAAAAAGUGGCAGCUCAGGCCAGACCUUCUUCUCAGAUGUGGAUUCCACUGAUGCUGCCAGCACCUCCGGCUCUGCCUCCACCAGCCUCUCCUACGACUCCAGAUGGACAGUAGGCAGCCGCAAGAGGAAGCUGGCAGCCAAAGCGUACAGGCCCCUGCGGGCAAAGCAUCGGGUGGCUGAGCUGGAUGGGCGCUGUGCCUCAGACAGCAGUGCAGAGGGAGCUCCGGUCCCUGAGCAGCAGGAUGAAGGCAUCGACAGCCACACACUUGAAAGCAUCAGUGGAGAUGAUUCCUCCCUGUCUCACCUCAAGUCAUCUAUCACCAACUACUUUGGUGCAGCCGGGCGGUUGGCCUGCGGGGAAAAGUAUCGGGUGUUGGCGCGGAGGGUCACUCCAGAAGGUUUCUUACCACAACCUCAAGAGCUUGGAACCAGGACAAAAACCGUACCUGAGCCCUACUCACGGGUCCUUCCUUUCCUCUGCUGUUCCAAGGAGAAGGCUGUGAAGUCUGGUUUCUUUGGAAAGUCAGCUAUGUCAAAUGAUGUUUUGCUGGGGCACACAGGUGAAAGGAUGUUUUGCUACAGCAGACUUGUUUAAGGAUGCGUGAUGUUCAGAAGGAAUAUAACUAUGACCUCUCAGACAGUGGGGCUUGAGCACUGGUUUGCCUUGCUCUGCCUCCCUAUUCUUUGCUAACGACACACAUGAAUUGGCUCUCCUGACAUUGUGUUGCUGAGCUCCGCUUGUGGUGACGCCUGAGAGAGAAGCUUGCCAAAGAAUUUCUUGUGAGGUUCCUGUGGCUUCUUGCCACUUCUGUAGCCUCGGGCUGGUUGGUGAGCCCUUGCUGGUUCAUAUGUGGUGUCUGCUGAGAGGACGGGACUGCAGUUGCUGAUUUGUAUCUGGUGUUUGCUACUGGACUGAACUGCUGAUAUCCUGGCAAUGAAGAUUGGACUCGCCCCCAAAGAACUAUUUUUAACCAGGUCUACUACCCCUGUGUCCUGAUAACCUUUCUUUUCCACUACCUCAGGUGGGUGGUGGGCUAGAGGGCAGGUUGAACACUUAUUAAAGUAGGUGAGAAAAGAA